AUGCAUUAUAUAACGAGUAAAAUCAGAUUCCGGGGAAAGUUAAAAGCACGAUCAGUCAUCGUUCUCCUCCAUUAACAUCAUCCACUCCGAAUCUUUUAGAUGACAUUUUAAGCGCAUUUUGAAAGAUUCUUUUGCAGCGAAUUGUGCUUUAUAGAGGAAAGUCGUCACUCACUGAGGGAAACGUCAACCUGACUGAAAAUUCAACUACAAUUCAGAAGAGAUAGCCUAGACAUCAUGAAAAAGUUUGGGAAAGAAAAUACGGGUCGACUUGUUGUUUGCCUGAUCUUACUCUCUAUGAUUCUGGUGGUCAAUUCAUCCCACGAUAAAACAACUCGAGCCCCACGAAUCAAACCAUCCUAUUCUGAGGGUUAUGGUCCUCAUACAACAACGCUUCUGCCUACAUCACCGAAAGACAUAAUGGAGACUAGUACAAAGGUUGCCUUUCAACCGUCACAACCGUCUUACGAUACCACAUCAUCUAAUGGUUUUACCCAACCAAUUAAAAACUUCCUUACCGAUGAUAGUACCGCAUCUAAUGGUGUUGACCAAACCAUUCAAGAAUUUCUAACUGAGCUCAUUGAUGUGACCAUGCUUGUCACGUCUUCAACUGAAUCAGUGACCGAACUGGAUACGACUAUCUGGGUGUGGUCUUUUUCCUGGUCUUGGUUAACCAUCCUUCAGUUUUCUAUUUCCUUGAUCGGUAUUCUAGGAAACCUGCUGGUGGUCAUUGUAAUGACAGUACGACGGUCCACAUCAAACUCAACAGACAUUUUAAUUGCUGCUUUAGCCGUCUCCGACUUGUUGACUUCAAUCUCCAACAUCCCCGUUCCAAGAGCUCUGCAGGUACCUGACAACAUCUUUGGAGCGCUGUACUGCAGAAUCAUCUUCACUAGCAGCCUGUCUUGGUUAUAUCACCUCCUCGAGCUACAUCUUGGUUGGUGCUUCUUUUGAGCGCCUGGCAGCCGUGGCAUACCCUCUGCGCUAUA